AUGGCUCGUUGUUGGAUCAGCUCGGCAUCGAAUCAGAGCCUCUCUAGCAGAGGGCUACACGAGACACAGAUGAGGAUGUCUCAAGCUACCACCUCUUCGCCGAGGCAGAUGACGACGGAUCGGACGAUCAAACCGCCUAAAUUGCCGGCCCAAGAGGGCAGUUCGAAUUUGGAGUCCGCCAAGUCUGAACCCCUCAAGCCUUCUCACCCGCCCUCCCAGACUUCUCCUCCAAAGCCACCAAAGGAGAAAAAGAAGUCGUGUUGA